GCUUAUGGAUGACGAGGGAGUUUUUCGCAUUCCAGGCGCGCCAGUGGAUGCCGUCUUCAUCGAUCCGCCAGCCCUCCUCAGCUCUGGGUAUGUCGAUUUUGCCCUCGAAUCCAGCACGUAUUACGCACGGGAUGUGAGAAAUCACGAGCGUGAGCAGUGCAUUGGCGAGAAGAGAAAGAGGAAGAAGAAGAAAGCUGUUCUUAAUCCGAAGGAGGUUCUAGCUCAGCAGCGCCACCAGGAGGCAAGAGAGAUUCUGCUAGAGUCUCACAAGGCAUUUAUGUCCAAUGAACCCGCGCAAGCAAAGCUGAAAGAGAUGGUAAAACUCAAAACAAGCAAUGCAAAAGUGGAGGACAACAGUGAUUUUAUAGCUUUGUCUCAGACAUUUCAAGCUCCACUCUAUGAUAUCACGCUUUCCUCACAAGGAAAAUGUGUCCCGCUCUUUAACAAUCUAGUGGAAGCUAGCUCCUCCGCGGAGGAAGUCGCUUCAAGCGCUGGCUCAGACUUCCUUCUUCCGAAAAACAGUCGGUUUCUCAUGACCGACUUCUCUGAAAUUCACCGGCUAAUUCCAGACUCACCAUCAACAGGUUAUAAUCUUAUCAUUAUUGAUCCUCCCUGGGAGAACAAGAGCGUCCACCGAAGAUCAAUUUAUCCAACUCUACCAAAUAAGUAUCUCAUGUCUCUUCCCCUGCAACAAUUGGUACACAGCAGCGGUGCUCUGAUAGGCUUAUGGAUAACAAACCGAGAAAAGCUUCACCAGUUUGUAGAGAAGGAGCUUUUUCCUGCAUGGAAACUAAUUCCUGUCGGCGUGUGGUACUGGCUCAAGAUAACUGACGCGGGAGCAAUGGUUAGCGAACUGGAUUUAAACCAUCAUAAGCCAUACGAAUGUUUACUGGUGGCCGGACCACAACGAUGUUCCUCACAGACGCGUCGCUAUUACUGUACCAGGCCAGCAUUCGCGGAAGCCCCCGCUUGGCGGUAUCCUUCCUCUGUCUCCUUUCGAAACUUAACGAAAAGAACAGUACUUCUUGCAGAUUUUGCACCGAAACCGGUGAGAGCUUUGGAGCUGUUCGCGAGGGAAAUGAACGCAAACUGGACCUCGUGGGGAAACGAACCACUUCGUUUUCAAGGCAAAAGCUAUUUUGUCGAGCGAGUUCCUGAAGACUGACUUUAUCUGAAAACGACACCGUUAUGAUCUU